AAAUAGAGUGCGCCUCCACUACAGGACUGCAAGCACAAGCGUAGCUUAUACUAUAAUACUACAACUAAAUACAUGAGCCUUGGUUCAAGAUUUGAAAGCAAAGAAGAUGAUGGCCUCAGCUUCACAGAUCGUUGAAAAAUUGAAUCUUAAGCCCCAUCCAGAAGGUGGGUUCUAUUCGGAAACCCUCAGAGAUACUUCUAUCACUCUAUCCAAAUCUCAACUUCCCCUCGAAUACAAGGUUGAUCGCCCUAUCAGUACAUGCAUUUACUUCUUGCUGCCUUCAGGGAGUGUGUCACACCUCCAUCGUAUUCCAUGUGCAGAGACCUGGCACUUUUAUAUGGGAGAACCUAUUAUGAUAUUGGAAAUGGAUGAGAAAGAUGGCAGUGUCAAGUUAACAUGCCUUGGACCCAAUCUAAUGGAAGACAAUCAGCAUCUGCAGUAUACAGUGCCUCCUAAUGUGUGGUUUGGUUCAUACCCAUCAAAGGAUGUUAACAUUUCGAUGGACAAUGCAGUAGUCAAAACUGCACCGAGGGAUGCUGAAAACCACUUUUCUCUUGUAGGAUGCACCUGUGCUCCUGCCUUCCAGUUUGAGGACUUUGAACUGGCAAGACGGUCAGAGCUCAUUUCACACUUUCCUGGUUAUGAGGCCCUCAUCUCUUUUCUCACAUUUCCAGAGUGAGCAGAAUGUUUGUUUUUUUGGUUCUAUUGGGAAGUUUGGAAUAGAGAUUUAGCACACCCUCAAUUGGAAUAAUGUAGCUGUUUCAAGUACUGCAUCGUGGCAUUGCCCUCAUGCUUGGAUCUGAUAUCUCAUCUACUAAAGAUGAGAUUUACUUGAUAUUGAAUUGUGAUGUUUGUUGUUAUACUGAAGGAAGAAAUAUUGAGCUUUUCUAAACCGAAAUAUUAAUAUAAUAAAAGCUCAUGUUGCUAAAUUUUAAGACA